AAACAAACUGAAGAUGUUUCAUAUGAUACAGCUUUUGGCUACAGAGACAAAAUGUAUAGAAUAAAUAAACACUGAUUAUCUUUAAAUAAGGUCUUGGUAUCUGCCCCAAAAAUAGAUUUAAGCAGUAUGGAAAAAUAAUCAAUGAGAGCUUAAAGUAUUAGGGUAGAAAAAAAUAAUUUUAAAAAACACAUUUAAAAGAUGGUGAGUAUAGAGUGACUAAGAGAACUGUUGAAUGAAGAAUGGAGAAAAGAAAAGUAUGAAUUAGGAAAGGCAAUCUGGGAUCAGAGUCCAAAGCCUACGAUAGAUUCCUAAAUUAUCUUCAUGACAUUCCUCUUCUUUAUGUAAUCACUCCUAACCUGGAAAGUCCUUCCUCCAUUUCCCUCAUGUCAAAUUCUUUUGUAUCCUUCAGAUUCAAUUAAAAAAUAAACUCUUUCUGAGUCUUUUAUUGACUCAAUUUCCAUAGUCCAUUCCCAUCAAUAUAGACCAUACCACAGUGUUUUAAAAAUGUAAUAUAUAUAGAUGUUACUUUCCUUUUUCCCCAUAAGUGUUCUUUACAAUCAGAUUAGAAUACCCUAUUAACCUCUAAGUCUUCCUGGUGGCAUCUGAAUUACAUACAACUUUUUUGUUGAUCUUUCUUAAUUACGUAUAUACUCCAAAUUUGAAAAAUGUCAAAUAUUUUCAAUUAUUUAUACAUCAAUUUCACACACAAAACAUGAUUCAAAUACUUGUAGAAGUUGUCUUACAGAUCAGUACAUUACAUGGGUGAUGGGAGGCUUUCAGGGCCAGUUCACACAGGAAGGCAUUAUUGAAUUAAGUUACAGAGGAGUCACAAGUAGACCUGAAGCCGAAGUCAAAAGUUAGGAAGGCAGCCUUGCUCAUGCAUUAAGCAUAAGAGACUGCAAGCAAAGUAGAAAAGUCAAAGAUCAUACACUGCUGUAGAAAUAAAACAAAAAGGGGUGAUAGGCAUAAAUAUAAAAAGGGGUGUUUGCAGCCGCCAUCCCUCUCUAAUGCCUGCGCUGUCUCCAGCUCAUGGAGCUCCAGCCAAAGGAGAAAGGGGGGCAAGUAAAGAGGUCUUUAUACCAUGACUCAUACAAAGCAGACUGCCCACAAAUCAACCAGUGGUGAAGCACCAAGGAAGCAACUGGCUACCAAAGCCGCUCCAAAGAGUGUGCCCUCUACUGGAGGGGUGAAGAAACAUCGUUACAGGCCUGGUACCGUGGCACUUCGUGACAUUAGCUGUUAUCAGAAGUCCACUGAACUGAUUCGCAAACUUCCCUUCCAGCGUCUGGUGCGAGAUAUUGCUCUGUGUUUCCAAAACGCAGCAACUGGUGCUUUGCAGGAGGCUAGUGAGGCCUGUCUGGUUGGCCUUUUUGAAGACACCAACCUGUGUGCUCUCCAUGCCAACGUGUAACAAUUAUACCAGGAGACAUCCAGCCAGCACGCCACAUACCUGGAGAACAUGCUUAAGAAUCCACUAUGAUGGGAAACAUUUUUCAUUCUAUAAAAAAAUUCUACUCUUCCUGUUAUUGGUAGUUCUGAAAGUUAGAUAAUUUUUUUUCCGAUGGGAUCAAAAGGUACCUAAGUAUAUGAUUGGAAGUU